AUGUUUUUGUUCAAUACCAAAACAGAAAUCGAUACUACACCUUAUCGCCGCACAUUGUGGAAUCAUGUUCAGAGUCUUUUUGGAGUUUGUCAUGAUGAUUUUCGCUACGAAUAUGUUGACAAGCUUUUCACUCGCCCUCAACAAACUUUUCUCAAGCUCUGCGCCACUCGUCCCUAUGAAAUUCUUUCUACUGGCAAAGAUGCCCUUUCCUACAACCAAAUAAUGCCGUUUCUCGCUCCGUCAGAAGUGGUUCACCUUAUCUUGAUGAUCAUGGACGCCCGUGAGCAAGCCUGUCUCCUUCAUAUUGCUCAUGCCAUCUCUGAUGCUCACAUUGGUGCUUAG